ACUGUGAAAGCAACAUGUUUGGUCCGCUCUGAUUUUGACGCCAAGUUGACCUGGCGGAUAAAUGGGGAAGAUGCAACACAUGUCCAAGUGACGCAGGACAAAAACUCAACUUAUAUAUUCAGUAUUGUGACGGUUUCCUCAACUGAGUGGAAAAAAAUAAAGUUAAUAACAUGUAAAGCUGAACAUCAGUGCUUCUCACCCACUGAGAAGACCGUGAAUGUUGCAGGGCCUGCAGUUCCAACUCCUGUGGUCACGAUCAGGAGAUCUCUUAAUGAAUUGCUGAAGGGGAACAGUGCUGUGCUGGAGUGUGACGUCACAGGACUCUCAGCACGUGACCUGUACAUCACUUUUCAAGCUGGCACCUCUGACAUCUCUGAAAAACUGUAUGUUGAUCUUCCUGAAGCCCCAGGCCUGCAUUCAAUCAGUAGAAGCUUCCCUGUCCCGCCAGAGCACUUGAAGAAAGACAAAAGUUUCACCUGCAAAGUGUACCAAGGCUUCUCUGUGGAUUUUAUAUCAAACUCCAUUGGAAAUAUUUUUGCGGACCCCUCAAUGAAACUUCUUCUGGCCCCCAGUGAAGAGUCAGGAUCACAGACACUCGUAUGCUCUGGACGGGGCUUCAACCCUCAAAUUCAAUGGUCUCCUGAGUCUCAGCAAAGAGCUCCAUCAACUAAUGACAUCAGCAUGGGUGCAGAUGGGCAUGUGACAGUGACCAGUCAACUUCAAAUCACUCACAAAGAGUGGAGCACAGGGAAGGUCUUCACUUGUGAAGUAUCAGACAAGUCCCUGGGCAAAAACAUCAGAAAGAACAUCAGCCUCUGCUCAGUAACUCCAGCAUCAUCUCAGGUGGUUGGCGUAUAUGUUCAGGGACCGCCACCACAGGAGCAUCAGUACAAGGGACAGGUGACUGUCACGUGUCUGCUGGUCGGCCCUUCUCUUGAUGAUUUCUCUGUCACCUGGAAAGUAGAUGGGAACAAAUAUUCCCNUCAAAUAACAAA